AGAUCUCUCCGUCACCAACUUCCUGGCCGGCCAAGGGGGGAAGAGAAACGAGAUCCAGACCGGAGACCGACCCCAAAACAUUCGGCCGAAUCCCGCUCGUGGAGACACCGCCGCUGACACCGAGUUUGUUUAGCGACUUGUGUCUCACACGAACCCCCCGGCCCUGCGCGGCGCUGCGCUGCACUGCAUGUCGCACGUUGAGAAGCGCUGCAGCCAGCCGCCAAGCAGGACCAAGCAGGAAGCAGGGAAGCACGCAAUACGCGAGACAGCAGCCCCGCGAAUUCCUGGCUGCUGCUGCCUGCACGGAUCGAGAGAGCAGCGGCCGACCCAGGCUUGCGGAUCGAGGCGCCAGCUGACGGGACCCUUCCUGCUGGGACGAAGGAGGACAAGUCGGUUCAAGGGUUUGUCGCCAAGGUUAUACCCGGCGUGUCCCCGUGCGUCGCCGUCCCGUGAAGAUGAGACUUUUCGAUGCGUCUUCGAAAGAGUGGACUGUGGGGCUUCAUGGAAAUGCCCUUCAGCUCGGUACACGGUCGUGGUGGUACCGAGUCAGGAUCACAACCUCUCAUGCGCUCACAAGCCCACUCGCUCGGCGUAACAGCCCAUUUUGGCGCCUUCCAGCCGAACGUGGACUUUGUCUCUCAAGGGUUCGAACUUUGCGAGUAUGUCGGCAAUCGAAAUGGCACUCUUAGCCUCGUCAACUUGAGCAUCGCGACCUCUGGAUUCAUUGCGCGGUGACAGACAAGCUUUUGCAGAGCGUGUCUUGGGGUCUUGUGCAUCACGAUCCCUUCCAGGAU